AUGGAGAGCAUAGUGACUAUGCAGUAUAACUGGAAGAAUGGAGUGGGCUUCAGUUCUGGAGGUGGAAGGGGCUCGUCCCCAGCCAGCCAGGUUGACCCGACCCCUGCCUCCACAGUGCGCCAUGCCGUUCUCUCCAUCAAUGGCGUGGAUGUGAAUGGCAAGUAUACUGUGGAUGGGAAGGAGGUGCUAGAGUACCUGGGCAACCCAGGCAAAUACCCUGUGUCCAUCCACUUCAGCCGACCCCCUCUCACAUCCAACGAGAAGCUGAUGCUGGCCUCCAUGUUCCACUUGCUGUUUGCCAUCAGCUCCCAGCUGUCUUCCAAGCUGGGGAGAUCUGGCAUCGAGAUGCUCGAGACAGACACCUUCAAAUUCCAUGUCUUCCAGACACUGACAAGCAUCAGGUUUAUGCCCAUCAGGUGUGAUUUGUUUGACCAGCAUCUGAAGCUAGCCCUGGAAGUGGCUGAUAAGGCUGGGAUUUUUGGGCCCUCCAGCAAAGACCAAAGCUUGAAAUGGACUCAGCUAUUUUACUAG